AUGAAAUAUGGCAAAAAUCAAUGGGCUCGAAUUGCCUCUCUUCUGCACAGAAAAUCAGACAAGCAGUGCAAAGCUAGAUGGUAUGAAUGGCUAGACCCAAGCGUCAAGAAAACUGAGUGGAGUCGAGAGGAAGAUGAGAAGUUGCUGCAUUUAGCCAAGAUGAUGCCCACUCAGUGGCGUACUAUUGCGCCAAUUGUUGGGAGAACUGCAAAUCAAUGUCUUGAGCGUUAUGAGUAUCUUCUCGACAAGGCACAAAAUAUCGAUAUGGCUUCGCGAGAUGACCCACGUCGUCUUCGCCCUGGUGAAAUCGACCCAAGUCCCGAGACAAAGCCUGCACGUCCUGAUCCUGUGGAUAUGGAUGAAGAUGAACUUGAAAUGUUGUCAGAAGCAAGGGCUCGGCUUGCGAAUACCCAGGGCAAAAAAGCCAAGAGGAAGGCGCGCGAGCGUCAACUUGAAAUCGCAAGGCGAAUGGCAAUGAUGCAGAAGCGUCGAGAGCUGCGUGCAGCCGGUCUCGCUUCUACUAUCGCUCCACUUGUGAAUAAAAACGUGUUUAUAGAUUAUAAUCGAGAGAUCCCUUUUGAGAAGCAACCGCCCAAAGGAUUUCAUGACACAAGCCGUGAGUUUCCUGACCCAAAACCCAUUAAUUUCGAUCGUCUUCGUCUUGGUGACAUUGAAAAGGAGCCAUAUAUGGAACGAGAAAAGCGGGAGCGCAAGAAAGAUGCUGAGCGUCAAGCGAAGAGAUUGGAAUCGGAUCUGCCGGGUGCUUUGCUUGCCCGUGAAAAGGAUUGUGGUGAGCCUGUUGUUAAACGUUCCAGGCUGGUCCUUCCUGAGCCCCAAAUUUCUGAUCUUGAACUGGAGAAUUUAGUCAAAGUUGGGCAGGCUGGCGAAAACGCUAUGCGUAUGGCCUUAGAAGAUUCACGACCUGAUGUCUCCGCCACACAGACUCUUCUUUCGGAGUAUCACAGGGGCAGUGGCGCUGAUCCGACCUUUGCAACACCAUUACAUUUACUUGCCAAGACUCCCCAGGCCGCCACAGACUCGCUUAUUCAGGAAGCACAGAACAUUCUGGCUCUGCAACAGGUGCAGACUCCACUGAAAGGCGGUGAUAAUACCGAGUUAUCGACGGGAGUGGUUGAUAUAGUCGGGGCGACGCCACAGGCCAAACAUUUGCCCACUCCAAAUAUUUUGUUGCCUAGCCAACUUGCCGCAAACACUCCUUUCCGAACACCUCAAGUUGGUUCUACUCCAGGAAUGCCAGACAUUGUCACGGGCCAAACCUCUCGUCGAGACCACCUUAACAUCAAUGACGUUGAUGGCCUUGAAGAAACCGAGGUCAGCUCGGUGGCUAGCCUACAGAAGAAGCUAUCACGACUGCCUCAACCAAAGAACAAUUUUGAGAUCAGCAUGCCUGACGAGGAGCAGUUGGACCAGGAGUUGGAAACAGAAUCAGUGGAUUUGGAUGCGACGGGGGCUGGUACGGCUGUUCGCCUGGCUGAUCAGGCUGAGUUGGACAGACAGUCGGCCGAGGCGCGGGCAGCUGCUGCUGACGCUGCUUGGUCGCGACGCAGUCAUGCUCUCCAACGAGGUCUUCCGCGUCCGACGACCAUCAACAACUCUAUCUUGAGACCUCCGCCAACUACUCCUGCUGAAGCCAUGUCUCUAACCGACUUGCAGAAGGCGGAGGAGUUGAUUAAAAAGGAGGUGUUGACGAUGCUACACUACGACAAUAUGCAUAACCCACCCCCAACUCUUCUUGCUGACUUGGCCCGAACCCCUGAAGGGAAGCUGCUUAGUGCUACCGCACAGCACAAGCGCCUUCAGCAGAUUAACACGAAUCACGAGGCCUUCCUUCAAGAAUCGGAAUACGAGGAGUUUCCUGACGAUUACCUGGCCGAGGCUGCCGAAAUGAUCAAAGAAGAAAUGGGAGUAGUGCGGAGUGCGAUGGGUCACGGUGAACUGUCCACCGAGGCGUACGGCAAGGUGUGGGAGGAGUGCCUCGCCCAGGUGCUGUACCUGCCUCAGCACAAACGCUACACACGCGCCAAUCUUGUUCCCAAGGCGGACCGUAUCACCUCGGCGGAGAAGAGGCUAGAACAGCUGCGCUCCCUCAUGGCCGACGAGGCCAAGAAGGCGGCCAAACAGGAGAAAAAGCUUGGCAUUCUGCUUGGCGGAUACCAGUCGCGUGCCCAGACUCUGAUAAAGGCCAUCCAGGAGUCAGUGGAUCAGAUUGAGCAAAGCCAAAUUGAAUUUUCCUCUCUGCAGCACUUGCGCGAGCAGGAGCUCGGAGCCAUCGUUAGGCGCACUGACCUCCUCAAAAUUGAUGUCGAGCGUCAACGCGCCCGCGAGGCUGAGCUCCAGACCACUUACGCUCGCCUCGCUCGCAUGAAGGAAGAACGCAUUGAAAGCGAUGAAGCCCCUAUUGACACUCAAGCCUACGAUAAUGACAAUGCCUUAACUCCAACAAAUCUCGAGACCACUGAGAUGGAACAGGACAGCGAUUGUGGUGGGUGGACCACUAUUCAGCCCUGUGAGGAAAAGGACGCAUCUGCUCAGACAGUGUCCUCGAUUAAUAAGCCAAACGGAGGACUCGGUGAAGUCGAUGUCGAUCUUGACGCCGCAGCAUAG